AUGCUCUCCAUUGUUGCAGCAUUCAUGUCCUUUGGUUAUUCCUCUUCAUUGGAAUGGGAACUUGCCUUCGCAAAGGUUGUCUCAGGGGGAGGACAGAGGACUACCAUGACAGGAGUCGAAGUUGGGAUAGACAUAUCUGCGGCUGAGAAAACCUGGAGAAUGUUUCAAGCAUUUGGCGACAUCGCAUUCGCUUUCUCAUAUUCUCAACUUCUUAUUGAAAUCCAAGACACAUUGAAAUCAUCAAAACCUGAAAACAAAGUGAUGAAAAAGGCUAACGUGAUGGCGUUGUUGACGACUACAACAUUCUAUAUGAUGUGCGGUUGUUUUGGCUACGCAGCAUUUGGGGAUCGUGCACCAGGCAAUUUGCUAACCGGCUUUGGAUUUUACGAGCCAUUUUGGUUAGUCGACAUGGCCAACAUUUUCAUUGUGGUGCACCUCGUGGGAGCAUAUCAGGUAUUUUCACAACCCGUGUUUAGCGCGGUCGAGUCGUGGGCUAACAUGAGGUGGUCCAAGUCCACAUUCGUAAUGGGGGAGUACCCGAUGGCCAUUGGCAACAAGUUCAAGUUCAAUGCCAAUUUCUUCAGGCUAACCUGGAGAACCAUAUUUGUCAUACUGGCAACCACUCUGGCAAUGGCGUUACCCUUCUUCAAUGACAUACUUGCCCUUCUGGGCGCCAUCGGGUACUGGCCGCUCACAGUUUUUUUCCCGGUGGAGAUGUACAUCGCGAAGAGGAGAAUCAGGAGGUGGACUAACCGGUGGCUCGGGCUCCAGCUCAUAAAUGUGGUGUGCUUCCUUGUUGCAUUGGCUGCAACCUGUGGCUCAAUCCAAGGUCUGAGUAAGGCUUUCAAUGCCAACAAGCCCUUUCAGGCCAAAGAGUAAAAUAACAAGCUCUUUAAAUAAUAUAUAAUCAUAUGAGCUAGUAUUAUCGGUCAUUGAGUUUGUGUCCAUGCAAGCAUUAUGUGAUGCUCUGCUAAUUAAUUAGAAUCUAUUUUGCAAGUGUUUGAGAAAUGUCUGUGAACGUUGUUUUAUUAGUUGAAUCCGUGACUUGGCUUUGUAUUAAACAAUUAUAAAUCUACUAUGCAACUCUAAUUUCUAAGCAA